AUGGUCCUCUUAAAAAAAGAGAAACGAUACUUUUCAAAAAUUGUAGGCACAUUUUUGUUGAUAUCUGUAAUUUUUAAUAAAUUAUUACUGGAAGACAAUGCUAUCAGCAAGGAAGAUUUUGGGAGAACCAUAAAAACUAGGAAUUCGUUUACCUGUUCUACAGCCAAUUUUGACCAGCAAGACUUCCAGGCUGGAUUAUGGAAGUUUAUUAGCCCUGUAAUCCAAAGCGACGUAUUUCCCCAUGGUACCAGUAAUCCAUUAUUUUCAACACGUUCCUUCCCUUACCGAGCUAAACGGUCAAAAUUCACCGUUUUUCUGAAGAAAGGUACUCUUAGAUUACUAUCAUCAAAAGUUCAAGUGAUGAAUUCUAAAGAAUCUUCUUCACUCUCCCCUCUAAAAAUGCGCUUAAAGGAAAAGGUACUAAAUAGAAAUUGGAUUGCACUGGGUAUUUCCAAAUUGCUCAAGGUGGCUCCGUUAAUGGCCACCUUCUGUGACCAGGAUCACCUUCAUUGUCCUGUUGCUGGUGGCGUACUUGCUGGGGACCACAGGGGGUCCUUUGAAGAACCGAGGCUACUUCAUCUUUGUCCCAGGACGUUCUUGGCUUCCAAUAGAUCAUUAUUGGAUAGUAAAUAA